GACUACAAGAAGAAACUCGUGGUCGUGGGAGAUGGAGGUUGCGGCAAAACCUGCCUUUUGAUAUCGUUUAGCCAGAAACGGUUCCCAGAGCGAUACAUCCCAACAGUCUUUGAAAACUACCUGACAAAUACCAUUCACGGGCCGACGCGCAAGGUCGUGGAAUUGGCACUGUGGGACACAGCGGGUCAAGAGGAAUAUGAUCGUCUACGGCCGCUAUCAUAUCCGGAAACCGACGUCAUCCUGAUCUGUUUCGCCAUUGAUAGUCCAGUGACACUCGAGAAUGUUGUCGACAAGUGGUGGCCAGAGGUGCAACAUUUCUGUCCAAGUACGCCGGUGGUUUUAGUUGGGCUGAAGAGUGAUCUGCGCCAUAAUCGCUUGUGUUUGGAUCUGCUCAGGGCACAAGGACAAACACCGGUUACAUUUCAGCAGGCUACGGCGGUUGCGGAGCAGAUGCGUGCACAGUAUGUCGAGUGCUCGUCAAAAGAGAAUAAGAACGUCAAAGAGGUGUUUGACCUGGCGGUGAACACGGCAAUCGGGAAUGAUAGCCUGAAGAAACUGAGAAAAAAGUGCGUUGUAUUAUGA